GGGCUGCGGCCGCCCGCCCCCGCCCCGCCGCGGGGCUCCGGGCAGCGGCGGCCGCCAGGUGGGUCCGCCCGGCGGCAGGAGGAGCGAUCCGCGGGGAACCCGCUCCGCCGCCCCGUCCCACCCGGCGGCCCGGGGCAGCGCUGCCCUCGGGGAGGGAGCCCGCUGCCGGCCGAUGUCCGAGCGGCGCGUGGAUGUACCUGGGAAGGCUUCAGGAUCGUCUGGGUCUCUGGGCACAGCCUGUUGGAGGCACUGGAAGUGGACUGGUUCCUGGUCAUGCCCGGUGGAAGGAGGGGACCCAGCCGGCAGCAGCUAAGCCGUUCAGCUUUGCCUUCUCUCCAGACUCUGGUUGGUGGGAGCUGUGGAAACGGUACUGGUUUGAGAAACAGGAAUGGUAGUGCCAUCAGCCUCUCUGCGCCUCCCAUCACAGCGCUGAUUACUCCAGAGCCUGUACGUCACUGCCGGAUCCCUGACCUGCCGUUAGACGGGAGCCUUCUCUUUGAAUUCCUGUUCUUCAUCUACCUACUGGUAGCCCUCUUCAUUCAGUACAUCAACAUCUACAAGACUGUCUGGUGGUACCCGUACAAUCACCCUGCUUCCUGUACCUCACUGAAUUUCCACCUUAUUGACUACCACCUGGCGGCGUUCAUCACAGUGAUGCUGGCGCGGAGGCUGGUGUGGGCCCUCAUCUCUGAGGCCUCUCAGGUGGGCGCAACGUCAGUGAUUCACUACAUGGUGCGCCUGGUGCUACUCACCCUCUGUGGCUGGGUGCUCUGCUGGACUCUGGUCAACCUCUUCCGCAGCCAUUCCGUUCUCAAUCUUCUCUUCUUGGGCUACCCAUUUGGUGUUUAUGUUCCUCUGUGCUGCUUCCACCAGGACAGCAGAGCACAGCCCCUGCCUGCGGACUGUGGUUACUUGGUACAGGAUCAGAUGGUGGAAGAUGGGGCUUCAGCUGUCAGCAGCCUGGUCAAACCCAAAGAUUUCCUUUCGCUCCUGUGGGAAUCCUUGAGAGAACAGUUCAAUAAUCCUACAUCUAUCCCUACCCACAGCUGCCCCCUCUCCCCAGAUCUCAUCCGCAAUGAAGUGGAGUGCCUAAAAGCAGACUUCAAUCGCAGGAUCAAGGAAGUUCUCUUCAACUCUCUCUUCAGUGCCUACUACGUGGCCUUCCUGCCACUGUGUUUUGUCAAGAGCACGCAGUACUACGACAUGCGCUGGUCUUGUGAGCACCUCAUCAUGGUGUGGAUCAAUGCCUUUGUCAUGCUCACCACUCAGCUGCUGCCUCCCAAGUACUGUGACCUGCUCCACAGAUCGGCUGCCCACCUUGGCAAGUGGCAGAAACUAGAACAUGGCUCCUACAGCAAUGCUCCACAGCAUAUCUGGUCAGAAAACACAAUAUGGCCACAAGGAGUACUGGUGCGACGAAGCCGAUGCCUGUAUAAAGCAGUUGGGCCUUAUAAUGUAGCAGUGCCUUCCGACGUGUCUCACGCCCGCUUUUAUUUCCUCUUCCACCGUCCAUUACGGCUGCUCAACCUGCUGAUUCUCAUCGAAGGCAGCGUGGUCUGCUACCAGCUCUAUUCACUGCUGCGUUCAGAGAAGUGGAACCAUACCCUCUCCAUGGCCCUCAUCCUUUUCUGCAAUUAUUAUGUCUUAUUUAAGCUCCUCCGGGACCGGAUAGUAUUAGGCAGGGCAUAUUCCUAUCCACUUAACAACUAUGGACUCAAGGCACACUAGGCCUGCCAAAUGUGUACCCCUUCCCCUCCUCUACCCACAGGGCAGGGAGGGAACCUCAGAAAAAAAUAUUUUCGUACAGUUCUAUUUUUUUUCUUGCGGCGUUUAUAAAUAUUUAAAAUAUUUUAUAUUUUGUAUACUGUUGUUUUUGUGGGGUGGGAAGGGAACCAGUGGCAAUUAAAUGUCGCUUUAUAAACAA